UGAACGUUGUGGACGAUGAGGGAAUUGAUGCGGUGCUGGUAGCCGGGGAUGCGGCGGUGGGGGGAGGGGGUAUUGGGGCGGGGCCGCGGUCGCCUCCUCUCUCUCUUCACCCCCCCCCCCCCGCGUCAUCAGUCGGCUGGCGGGCGAGGGAGCGAGCGAACGAACGGAGCGCAGCAUCGCAAUGGCGGCAAAGGCAGAUGGUGGCAGAUCGGCCGAAUUUUAUCGCCAUGAGGCAGGGCAGCAAGUACCACUAAUAUCCAUGGCACCACAGACCCUGGAAAAGCUCUUUGACAAACUUGGUCACUUUGGAAGAUUCCAAGCGUCUGUCUAUUUCUUAGUCAAUUUCCAAACUAUAGCAUGUGGAAUCCACUAUUUGGCAUCGGUGUUCCUCGCUGCAACACCACAGUUUUUAUGCAAGUUACCUGGAAAUGUGACCACAAUCCUUGUUUCAAAUACUACAGCCGACCCAGGAGAUCUGUGGAACUUAUGGGUUCCAGGAUCACGCAGUGUUAUUGCAGAACUGGAAAAUGGAGAGAUCUGGGAGACAGAGCAAUGUAGUCGCUUCAAAAUAAUCGGGAGUUUCGAGCUGGGGAAUUACUCUAAAGGCAACAAGUCACGAUAUUCCUGCUCUGAUGGUUUUAUCUAUGAUCAGAACCACAUUGAAAACAGCAUUGUGACUGAGUGGAACCUGGUCUGUGACAGGGCAUGGUUAGCCAAACUUACCCAGCCCAUCUUUAUGCUUGGAGUCCUUCUUGGUGCUGUGGUAUUUGGAGACAUUGCAGACAGAUUGGGUCGACGAUCAAUACUAUGGUUCACAAGUGUAGCUCAAUUUGUGUUUGGAGUUGCUGUUGCGUUCACCAAUGAUUAUUACAGCUUCAUCAUUGUCCGCUUCCUCUUGGCCCUGGUUGCCAGUGGCUACCUCGUGGUAGUAUUUGUCUAUGUGACAGAGUAUACUGGAUUGAAGGCCCGCAGUUGGGCUUCCAUGCACGUCCAUGCUUACUUUGCUGUUGGCAUUAUGGUAGUUGCCUUGGUUGGAUUCCUGGUGCGGACUUGGCGGCUCUACCAACUUAUACUGUCGCUUGUGACCAUUCCUUUCAUCUUUUUCUGCUGGCUGCUACCUGAGACACCUUGGUGGCUUCUGGCUAAAGGGCGAAUUGAAGAUGUCCAGAAGCUGGUUGACAGAAUUGCCCAGUGGAACAGAGUUAAGAUCCCUUGUCACCUCUCUGUGAUGCAGGUGAAUAGUCCUGAGGAUUCAACUGACAAAGAAAUUACAAACAAUCAACAUGUGACCAAAGAAAAGAAAAUGAGCAUCUUGGAUCUUUUCCGUACCUGUGAUUUGGUUAAGAGGACCAUAACAGUUUGGCUGGUGUGGUUUACAGGGAGUCUGGGCUAUUAUGUUAGCUCUUUGGGCUCUGUCAAUCUGGGUGGAAACGAAUACCUGAACCUCUUUCUAGCAGGUGCAGUGGAAAUCCCUUCCUAUAUUGUUGCUUGUGCUGUGAUGGACAGACUGGGAAGAAGAAAUACAUUAGCACCAUCGCUCUUCCUGACUGGCAUUACCUGUGUUCUCAGCAUGGUCAUUCCUCAGGACAUUGAGGCUCUGUCUAUCACCCUCAGCAUGAUUGGAAAGUUUGCAAUCGCUGUGGCAUUUGGACUGAUUUACCUGUACACUGCUGAACUGUACCCUACUAUAAUACGUUCGUUGGCUGUUGGCAGUGGGAGCAUGAUGGCCCGAGUUGGAAGUACAGUUGCCCCUUUUUGUGUUCUCCUUUCAUCAGUGUGGAUCUUUCUACCACAGCUGAUUGUUGGAAUCAUGUCCUUUCUGACUGGCUUCUUGACCCUGUUGCUCCCGGAAACGCUUGGGAGGCCUCUGACCCAGACCUUCGAGGAGGCUGCAGAACUGCAAAGAAAACUUAAGCAAGAGAAAGAAGCCUCAAAACAUGGAGGUAGCAGUGCUGCCAUGGUGAGAAUUGAGAAACAAGGCUAUAUUACUGAUGGUAUGGAGAAGUCAAAGGAAGAGCAGAAUCUAAUUGAACAUUUAACAAGGUUGUAAAACUCAUUUAUUCAUCACUAAGCCUUGAAACAGGCAGAGGUUAUAAUCCUGAUUAGUCACUAACAUCUUAAAUCUGUGAACUAACUAGGAUAUAGUAGCAGUUUGGCAACUAUACAAAUAAUAAUAUGUAAAGUAGACCCUAAGGUAAUUUUUUGUAGUUUAUCCCUUCUUUAGAUAAUGGUGGUCUGGAAUUAGUCUAUUAGAAAGGCAGAAAAUAAUUUCAUAUGAAUUAUAGUGCGUGUUGAUUUACAUGAAUUGAAAUUUAACUGCAAAAUGAAUAUUGACUGAUAACAGUCCAAUUCAUAGCCUACAGUAGGCUGCAUUUUAUAUUCCUUAACUGUCUCUUCUAGUAAAAAGUCUACUCAACGUUAUUGAUUCAAAUAGAUGUCUUAGAAAAUAGAGACGCAGAUCUACUUAUGGUCUUCAAUAACAUUAUUCAGAACUAGAUGGUGAGAGAUGCGUUUUGGGGAGGGAAUGCAGAUUUGCAAGUUAAGAAUUUUGUUGCAUCAGCUGCACAAAUUUCGAGUCAAGAAAGGUGAUAUUUUUAUUCUGUUGACCAAAAAAAUAUUAUGUUUCAGAAUUAGUUCAAUUAGAUUCCAAUCUACUUUAGAGGGUUCAAUAGUUGGGCUUGGAAAUACAUGUGUUGCCAGCUAUGUCCAGAUCCUAAAAAGUUAGAAAAUAGAAGUAUUCAUUUUUUGCCAGUACUGACAAAUAUGCAUCAAAACUUUAAUUGUAUAUCUUGUGGGCAAAACUCCUUUUGAUAUCUUUACCCACUGGAUUUAACCUUGGAUCAUAUACCUGCUCCAAGCAAACGUUCAAUGCUAAUGUCAUUGUGAACCUGCAUUAUGGCCUUUAAGCAGUUAUCCUUUGAGCUGCCCUUCCUUUCCUGUGAGAUGGUGCCUGGUUUCCACUAAGUAUCUACCCACAAAACUGUUGAGAUUGGGAACCAAGUACAGGAAGCUCCUUCUCUCUUUAAGAACCUGUAUGUAAAACAUUCUUCAUCACUAACAAAAUUUGUGGCAGUAAUGAAAAUAAAAAAAGUACACUACAUGAUUAUUAUAAGCUGGGUUCAAAUAGUAGUACAUUGUCCUCCAAAGAAAAAUGCUAUUUAAAAAAAAUCCUGGUAAUAAUUUUUUAAAUUAUGUGCCCAAGGUUGACCGUGUCCUUUCUCCUACAUUCACAUUGUCUUCUCUAGUCAGACAGGCAGGAGAUUACCGACUAUAGAUAUCUCCAAGGGUACCACAAUGUCACUGUUAGUAGAUCUGCAAAGACAAAUUAUAAUUUACCAGCUUGUAAAAAUAUUUAACCUUCACUUGUUAAGUAGUGUGCUGGCCCAUAAAGUUGGGAGGAACAAAAUGCUUGCAUUUUGAUUUGUGAUUCCCAUAACAGUAGAGAAGGAAAAUGUUGCCUUUAUGUGGUACCUUGCAUGCUGUUUUAAGAGCAUCCCAAAGUGCUUUACAGCCAAUGAAGUAAGAACCUUUGAAGCAUGUGGUGUCCAGGUUGGACUCAAAGAUUUCACGAAAGCAAUAUAAUAAUGACCAAGUGAUCUGAAUAUCUUUAGAAAUAUUAAUCAAAGGAUAAAUAUUUCCCAGGACUUCACUGCUUUUCUACAAAAUAAUUCCAUGAGAUCCUUCAUAUGCACUUGUAGCAGUCUGCUUAAAACCUCAUCCAAAAGCUGGCGGCUCCGACAAUGCAUCACUCCACUGAUCAGAAGGUUUGGAUUCAAGUUCCACUUCAGUGACUUGAGCACAAAAAUCUAGCAUAACAGUCUGGUAUAAUACAAAGGGAGGGGUGGUCUUUCCAAUUAGAUCUUCAACUGAGACCCUGCCUGGAUAUGUUCCAUGGCACAACUUGGAAGCCGUGCAGGGAAGUUAUCCCCAAUUUCCUGACCAGCAUCAUCUCUUAACCAAAAUAUUAUUUAGUCAACUCUACACUUUAUUGGUGUAAGCUUGCUGUGUGCAAAUUGACUGCCAUACUACAACAUUAAUUACACUUUGUAAGUACUUUUUUGGCUGUAAAGGCUCUGGGACAUUCCAAAAAGUGCAGUAUAAAAUGCCAGCCUUCAUCUACAUGCUGAAUUUACAUGUCUAAGGCGGCAAUCUUGGUGGGGUAAAACCUUUUAAAUGAAAUGGGCAUUAAUUAAUUUGAUUGUAUUUUCUUAAAAGUAAAUCAAAACAAUAAUAAAAAUGGAAUACUAAUGUACCUCUAGGUUUGGUCAUGCAGUGCAGCUCAAUGGAAGAGUAGCAGACCAAGAACAACUUGCGUAGUAUUUUCCAUUGUUGUCCCUGUGCAAUAAAUAGCACUGAGCCAAAGUACUAAAAUCAGACAAAAUGCUGACAAACUGAGCUCCUUCUGUACCCAAACAAUAUUGUACUGCUUUGAGAUAUAACAUGGGACAGUGGAGUUGAAGUGAUUGUUGAUAAAUGAUAAUUUGGCUUUAACAGUAGAUUACAAAGUGAGUUGAGACCCUCAUAAUUCAUCUCUCGAAGCCAGAAGGCUAUUCAUUUUCUUUAAAAAAAAUCAAUUUGUUUAGCACUUAUCCUGUUUGCAAUGACCAAGGCCAAAUUUUUAAGCUGUUGCACCCUAUUCUUACUCCAUAGGACCACAUACAUUACCAUCACGGAGAUUGGUGGGUCCAGUGAAAUAGUAGCCCAGAUUAUUUUUGUGGAGCCUGGAGAAGCACUCUUGGUCCUUCCGAUUAUAUGAAAAUAAUUUUGGAACAUAAUUUUUUUGGGUGGGACUUUUCUUGUACUGCCAGUGGAAUAAAUCAGAGAAUGAUUGAUGAAAUUUCCAAAAAAUGGCCACUGUGGUCUUAAAUACACUGUGGGAUGCUGAUUUGGGUUUCAGAAAGGACCCAUUGUCUUAGGGUAGACACUUUGACUGUCCAACAGCAGGUCCCUGUAAACAUCAGCUAGAGGGACCCAAGAGGGAGUCCAACUAAAACUUCUCUUAUAGAGAGCACAAGCCUUCUGUGGGUCCUUUCCUCAACACCGUGCUUCAUUCUUCUUCAGCAGGUAAUGCAGCAGUGUCAGUAUCAUUGCAAGGUCUAGCAGAAACAGGGCUAAUAUUGGACCAACCCUCGGAGACUUUGGUGAUAUUCUCAGGUUUUCUCAACUUGUACUCAUUAAACCUCCCGAAUAUCUCUUGAGUAUGCAAAGAUUUUCUUCUUCUAUGAUUUUUGUGAUCAAAGCAUCAUCUUGGUUGCAUAGGGGUCACUCGAUCAUUCUGUGCAGUGCCAACUAAUACACCUUGUCUGAGCUUGUUCAAUUUCUUGUUUACUUGAUCCUUCAUCUUGAAUGGCACAAAUCUAGGUACUGGUAAAUUAUUAUAAGUUUACCUCAUAAAUGGGCUCUGUGUCCCUUAAUGCUGGUGCAUGCAUCUUUGAAUAUACUGCUCUGGAAUAUUAACUAGAUAUUGUUACAAAGUGCUCACACCAAAUACAUUCUUCCAAUUCACUUAGUUCUUUGAGCCAAUCUUUUCCUAACAGAAUUGGUCUGUUGAUGUGCUUAUCUGCUAUGAAUGGUAGUUUCAUUUCAUGACCAUUGUGAGAAACUACACAUUGCAUCUGAUCUAGGAUUUUCAGUAUCUUGCCAGAACAUGUCUUUUGCUUGUUCUUAACUUCUUGAAUAAAUCUCUACCCAUAACUGAUCAGUCAGCAAUUGUAUCAAUGUUCAUAUUAAUAUACUUAUCAUUCACUUUUACUCAUUUUAUAAUUGCUGCAUUUUUCAUUAUAGUUACCAGUGCCAUAUAUGCCGUUAAAGCUUAAAUCUUCAUCCUGCUCAUUAGCUUCAAUAUCGUAGAAGCUUCUCUGUGGCUUUUUGUUGAAAAUAUUGCUCUUGCAAUGCAAAACUAAUUGGCUAACAAUAUUUGGUUUGCAAUUUAGGUUCUACCCUUGCACAAGGAACAUAUAGUCUUAAUUUUUAUAGUUAAAGCACUUUAAAUCCUCUAAAUUAGUACCCGUGAUGGAUGAUCUCCUUUAGAUCAGCAGCAGGUCUUCCUACCAGUCUCAUCUUUAAUUCCAAUUUCACUCUCAUAACUCGGACUUACUAUUCCACUUACAUGACUUGAGCUCCCUUUGCUAAUGAUGCUUGCCCAUUUACAAUAUGCACUGGUGGAAAUUACUUAGUGCUUUUUGGAAGCCAUUUCUGCCAUCGUCCACUGGUUCAUCAAUGACUUCCUUCCAUCAUAAGGUCAGAAGUAUUCUAUCAGCUGUGAACAUCCUCAAUGUUCAACUUAUGUGCCUGCCUUCAACAAGACCUCGCCAACAUUCGGGCACAGGCUGUUAGGUGGCAAGUAACAUUCAUGCCACCAAAGUGCAACAAGAGACAAUCAUGUCACCUACUUUUGAUAUUCAAUAGCAUUACCAUCACCAUGUCUGGUGACAUCAACAUUCUGGUGUGCAAUCACCGAUCAGAAACUCAGCUGGAUCAACCACGUCAAUGCUGUGGCUAUGCGAGAAGGUCACAGAGUGGGUAUCCUUGAAGUGAAGAGAAUGAUUCACAUCCUGACACCCAAGACCUUUCCACCAUCAACAAGGCACAAAUCAGGAGUGUAAUGGAAUACUGUCCUUUUACCCAAGUGAAUGCAGUGCUAAUAAUCCUUGAGAAGCCAACUCCAUCCAUGACAAAGUAACCUGCUUCAUUGGCACCCCAUCAACCACGCUAAAAUGUUCUUCUCUCAACCACAAGUGCCCAAUGGCUAUAGUGUGUACUGUCAAUGACAUGCACUGCAUUUGCUUGCCUAGGUUGCUCUGACAGCAUCUCCCAAACCCAUAAUCUCUGCUACCAAAAAGUACAAUGGUAACAGAUACAUGGGAACACCACUACCCACAGGUUCCCCUCCAAGUUGCACACCAUCCACACUUGGAAAUAUAUUGUCAAUCCUUCAUCGUGGUUGGGUCAGAGUCAUAGAAUCGCUAUAGUAGGCUCCAAACCAAGAGCUGGUACAUGGGACUAGUAUAGAUAGGUAGUUUAUGGUUGGCAAGGCUAUGGUGAGCUGAUAGACCCAUGCUGUAUACAGUAGCUCAAGAAGAAGCUCACCAGAACCUUCAAGGAUAAAUAAGGAUGGGCAAUAAAUGCAAGCCUUGCUGGUGAUGCCUAAAUCCCAAAUAUAAAUAUUAAAAAGUACACUCAAACAUCAAAUUUGCAUAUGUAAUAAUUUCAAUUAAAUUUGUUUGUCUGUUUAAACCACAUGUAAAUUUAACCUGCAGUACUUGAUUCCUAUCUCAACCCAAACCCAAAAUUAUAGUGUCAACAUAAGAUUCUUCAAUGUUCCUAUACAAUCACUAAUGGUCUCAUCUGACCUUUGGUGUCUGAUUCUGAAUUUAUAGCUUAUACAACCUCUGAAGGUGUCAGAUUAACCUCGGUGAGUGAGGCAUCUUGUGUCGUGCCUGGUGUCAGGCAAGCAGCCAAAGUGGUACUGUCCCUAAGUCCAUCUAUUAUUGCCUAUUAAUGUACUGGUGUGACUUCGUUUUGAGCAGGAAUGCUUUUGUUCUCACCUGAAGUAUGAACAGUGCUGUUUAUCCUGAAGAAUAUCUCAAUUUUACACAAGAACUGGAGAACUCACACGUUUUGUCAUAAACAGCGAGGUUCCUGAUACAACCAGACUGGCCCUGAGUUGCCCUCUUGCACUGUUCUUACUGUUCUUGCUUUAACAGUUACAAGGCUUUCAACCGCGCCCCCCCCCCUCCAAAAUAUAUUCCAAUCAUAAAACAUAUAGUUAUACAUCAGCACAUGUCGUCAUUCACCGCACCAAUCAAUUCACUUACUAUAUGUCAAUUUCAUUGCAUCGGUGAACUGUUUGGGAUGGUAUUACACAGGGCUCAGCCCAUCAGUGUCCAUUGGUAACUACACCCUAGACUGUGCUGUUUCUCCAAAAGAGCCUUUACAGUUGCUGCAGCAAGCUUCAAUACAUCCCUCAGCACAUACUCCAGCACCUUGGGAUCUGUCAGUUGGUAGCAUGUGGCUGAGGACAUUUCCUUGCACUGGAAGACCAACUAGUUUAGGGGAGAUCGAAACACAUCUUUUUGAGGAUCUUCCAGCAGUGAUCAAUGUUUGUUUCAUUAUGCAUCGCUGGGAAUAGCCUGUAGAUCACAAAAUCCUGUGUUCUGCAGCUGCUCAUGAUGAACCUCAGCAAAGAUCACUGCACACCUUUCCUGAUCUUCUUGUCAAAUAUAAAGUCCACACGGAAGUGCUUAUUCAAUUAUCAGAAGGAAAUACUCUUUAUUCUUCCUGUGCUCAAGGCUGAACAAGUUGCAUCACUUCAAGCCUGCACAUUGGAGUUAUAAUCAUGAGUUCUUAAACUCAUCCUGACAUAAUGAGAAUAUGGUUGGUCUGAAGGAUUUUGAUGUGGUUGUUCAACAAAUGCUACCGCCGCGUCACCAGGACUGACACAAACUUAAAUCUGAUGAAAAGGUAGUCUGGACUGUGGAGGCUUGCAAUAUUCUAACAUAAAAGAAGUAGCAUGGAAGAAAUUUUAUGACCAUUGACUUUGUAGACUACCAAAUAGUAUCAGUGGGGUUGCAAACAGCACCUCACUACCUGAAUGAAAGAAAAUAAUGUUUGAGGUGUUCAUAAUAUGAACGUAAUUAAAAAUUUCAGGCAGCUUCAAUUCUUUUCUAACCUACCUUUGUUGGCAGUGUAAUAUAUAUAAGCCAUAUAGAGUCACAGACUCCUACGCCACAGAAACAGGGCCUUUGGCCCACCGAGUCCGCACAGACCAUCAAGCACUCAUUUACACUAAUCCCAUUUUAUUCUCUCCCCAUUCCCAUCAAUAGCUCCAGAUACACCACUCACUAACACAAGAGGAGCAUAAAUAGGUGCAUGCUGCUGUGGGUUCCUGAGGUCUAGUGAAGUAAUGUGUGGGAAGCAUGGAGACCUCUGAGUGGCAUGUCUGGUUUAUUCCAAGUCCUCCUUCAACUGCACAAUGAUGCAUACACAAUCAAAUAACCUCAUGCACUGAUAGCACAUGUAUUUGUAAAGAUCACAUUGAACAUGUCCCUCCCAACAACUUAAUCAUCUUGCAACCUAUCAAGUUGUAAAGAGCUCCAUGUUUGGUAUCUGCACCUCAGUGAGGAAGGAAAGAAAAUGGGGCUCCAGAAUGGCAUCUGACCCUUUUUGCUGCUUUAAACUUGGCAAUUUCUGCCAUUCAACUGCCGAAAGAUUAGAAUCCACCCCACUGCUAUUUACCCUUACAGAUACAGAUUGUGUUUUUAUUCUGAGGAUUGUAGCAAUAAAGUGAAGCACAGUAUGUCCUGGACCACCUGGUCUACUGCAGAAAACUUACAGAAGCUUGUCACUUUUGCCAAAGUUUCUCAUGCAUUCAGUACAUUCAGAUUCAGGUGCAUGGGAUGAGAGGACAUGAGGAUCUUGGCCAGUGCUGUAUUUACAGCCAGAGUCCUGUUAGAAAUUUAAUGGUGCUUGAAAACAAAACCUGGACAUUUCUGGUAUAAUAUGCCUACUUAACAAACCUUUUAUGGUGAAGGUAGGGGAGAGGGAAAGGAAAGGAAACAAAAAGAUGUAUUUGACAUUCAGUUAUUGAAAAAUAAUAAGUACAGUUGGAAUUUGUCUGGUUCAAAGGGCUUAAGAAUUCUCACACCAUUUAAAAAAAAACAACGAAUUAUGUCAUCUUUUUUAAUAGUGGAUUUUUUGCAGACCAUGUUAAAAAGACCAGAGUAGUACAAGGUGUUUGAAAUAAUUGGUCCAAAGCAUAUGCUAUUUUGAAAGAUGCACUGUUCACAGUUUUAACAAUUUCUACCUUCAGAAUGUCAGAAGGCAUUUCCAGAUUGGUGCUUUGAGGCUUAUUUGUUUUCCAGAAUUGCUGCUAUAAGAAACCAGUUGUGGAAAAGUCAUGUAAAAUUUCCCAGCUCAGUAUUUCUGUGCUGUUCUUAGUCAUUCAUGCCAUAAGUAUUAAAGUGGAUACCCAAUGAAAUUAAAGUUCAACUUGUAUUCCCCCAAGUUAUGAUUUUCCCUCCAUGAUUGAAACCCUGUUUCAAGCUUAGUGCACAAGGAAAAUAUGUUUUCUGUCAAUUUCUAAGAUACAAUAACAAAAUUACCCAAGUAAAAUACAAUGUUCAAAGGAUUCUCUGAUAAACUGCAACUUUAAAUUCACUUUUUGCCCUGAUGCUAUGCUGAUCAUCUUGAGGAUUUUGAUAUAAUUAUCUAAUCGACAACACCAGCACAGCCAAAAACUUAAAUCAGAAGAAAAGAUACUCUGGGCAGUGUAAACUUACAGCAUUCAAACAUAUAAAUGUUAACAUAGAAAACAUUCUCUCUAUUAGUGGCACUGGCCAUAACUCUGUAAACCACUGAACAGUUUCAGGGAGUUGCAAGUAGCAUCGCACUACAUGAGUAAACUAAAAUUAUGUUAGAUGUGUUCAUAACAUGAACCUAAUUAAAAAUUUUGGCAGGUCAAAUUAUAAUUAGACCUAUGCUAUAAAUGUUUAGCAAGUUAUUUGUAUUGUUUGAAAUUAUACUGUAUUCGUGAUUAGAGAAUCUGUAUACAAGUCACUGUAUAAAAAUGUGUAUUGUUUAUACUGUACCUGAAAAAUGUAUUGGACCACAAAAUCUAAUAGCUAUGAAUGUAACCUAAGUUUCUUAUGUAUAUACGAAAUUCACUAGUUCUUGCUAUUGCAUUUCAAUGAUUUAUGUGUUGCAUCGUAGUUUCAUUUCAGUUAAGCAUUGAUGGAUAAACUUCAAUUAAGCCAGAAAACUAAACAUGUUUUGCAUUAGUACCAUAUAGUUCCGUUGAUGUGAAAGUUGACCCGUAAUUCUAAACGGUGUCAUAUGGUUUGCUGCUAAUUGUCCAUCCAAGCAAUCUUCAGAAAAAAAUUAUAAAAGUAAACAAUUGCUGUAGUAUUUUAGAAAUGUUAGUACAAUAAUUUCCUGACUGCUUUGAGUAAGCUUUUUCUGCUUUAAGCUGAAAGAGAACUCUAUCCAAUUUUUAAAGUGUUUGGGAAGCAGAGCACAUACUAGCCAUAGGGAGAACAUUAUUCCUAGGUAGAGUAAUGACGUUGACUUGAAGACAAACAAUUCAUAGGAUUUCCUGUCUCAACAUUUUUCAUCUCCCCCUUUAUCAUUAGUUUUUGUACAGGUUUCAUAUCAUUCCUUGCUAUUGGCCCAGCAGGCAGGCAACUCCUUCACUUUUAUUGUUGCUGACAAGUACAACAUGCUGGGACCAUUUGCCAUUCUUCUAUCUUAUGAUGAGACCUACUUACAUGUUCUGGCACUUGCACAGCAUGUUGUGCUGAUGUAACAUCGUGCCAUAGCCAACACUACGAUACUAUUUCUGACUAACUAUACCCUUUUGAAAAGCAAGGUAGAGUUCUCUUUAAGAAUAAAAAUGAUAUUAUUUUUUCAGUUUGAAAGUCUAUUCAAUCACUUAAGUUCUUAUUCCAAGUUUACAAUCAACAAUAAAAGCCAAUAAACUCCUAAUUACAAGUAUACAGGUAUUUUGGGAAUAGUCUUUGUGGACUAGGAUGGUCAUUGUGGAUUCUGUGAAAUUUUGUUUGCUUUUCCAAUACAAAAUAUGAUAUGAAUUUCUUCAAUAAAUCUUAUUGAAUCCAA